GCGCUAGAAAAUCCCAAGGCAUUUGGGCAGACACAGGUUCCCUCGCGCGAUGCGCUGGUGGCAGCUAAGCACGAGAGAGAGAGAGAGAGGGGGCUGGGCGGUGCAGAGCACAGGGGAGCAAACGAGGGGCAGGGCCAGGUGCAGAGAUGCAGUGAUGGUGGUGGCCAUGUAGGACGCGAAAGCAUACAUUGUUACGACACUCGGGAAUUGCAGAAGGAGAAACCAAAAGGGCGUCCAGCAGUGACUGGGCCAGUGGGGGCCUCCCCGUCGUUGUCUUUGUCUCAAAAGUUCUUCCGCCCCUAAAUUGCCCCGUUCCGCUGGUCCUGUGGAAGGAGGGAGGUGGAGGAGAAAUUAUUGCUAGUCCUCCAGGGUCCAGACUGGCUUUCCCGAGCUAGAGCUCGAGUGUACAAAGUUAGGGUCCACGGUAGUCGGUAGUUGAUUGAAAUUCCUCCGGAGCCCCUUUUCUCAGCUGAGACUCGGAUGAUCGAUUGCAUCCGCGCACAUUCAUGGCGCGGCUCCUUCGCUAUCGAUCUUUGUCGGAUCCUUGACGAUUGUUUCUCCGAGCUCCAGUCGCUCGACGCUUUCCAUCAUUGACAUCUCCUCCUCAAAUCCUUGGCACAUCGGAAGACGUACCAGCGAUAGAUGUUGGCUGUUCGCCAGCCCAUCCAUCACCUCUCUCCUCCGACUUCGGAACAUUUGCCGGUCCGCGGCCAGGAGAUCGAUUCCGGUCGCGCACUGCAACGAGGGAGUACUUUUCGUACCCCGCGUGCAUUGUAAUCCGCUUUGGCAGAGGGCUGUCUGCUCCGAGGGUCGCUCUCCUCACUCUCGGCGGUGGUUUUGUGUCCGCAUGACUUGACCUCCAGCUCCCAUUUUCAAGAAGCAGCGGAAGAAUUCGGUGCAUCGGUGCAGCAUUCUGCUCGACUGAUUCUGGACAUUUUUAACUCCGUCCUCGACGUCAAGAUUUCUUCGUGCACACCGACUCCUCGCACGCAUCCCGGUCGGUCUAGGACCCGCCCCCGCACUGUCUGCUUGCUCCUUGGGUCAUUAUGCUCCCAGGCCAUUAGCGUGGCGACGGUGGUUGUGCCAGUUGGUUCGAGCUCUUCUUCCUCUCCUCCUGCUUCUGCCACCAGUGCAAUCUCCAACUGGCUGCGCAUGUGUCUGCGCAUGCCACCGUUGCCGAUCACGUCUUGAGCAACGAGGUACGGAGGGAAGGCACCUGCGUGUGUAGUUUAUUAGGUUUACAACUGGAUGCGAGGGAGUGGAGUGGCAGUGGCGUGGCGAGUGCUUGUUGCGUGCAGUACCUGUGUUUGCGUAGGGAGGGACGGAGGGUAAAUGAAAUCGGUGCCGGAACUCAUCAUUUAUUGCACGUGGUGCGUAAACAGAGCUCGAUUCUAUAGAGCUGGAUUCAUCGAUAGAGCUCGGUAACACCUAUUUUGCCCGUGGCGAGUACGGUGGGGUAUCAGCCCAGGCUAAAAUUGACGUGUGCGCGGUGGGGUAUGGAACUAUAGUGUACCGGGAGUGGGAGUAGCGCUGGAAGAGCUACGGAGAUCGAGCUUGUCACUGGGAGGUAUUGGUCGUUCGAGCAGGGAGUCGCACUUGCUGUCCUGGAGAAAAUCACUAGGGAAUGCGAUGGACUGCUGUUUGUGCAGCUCUUCGGGAAACUCCUAUCGGCCCCCGCGCAAUGUGAUCUGCAUCACUUGCUUCGAGGGAGCGAGAUCCCUCCUGGAUCUCGCCCGGCAGCUGGAGCAAGAUUGGCGGGACGAUGCCGACCUCGAUAAAUCCAAAGCUCUCGUAACCAGGCAGGGUUUAGGCUACGCCUUCAAGCAGAUGAAAGUGCUGGAGCGCGUGGAGGAGGAGGCCUCGGAGAAGCUCGAGUUUCUGGAAUCUUUGGUGCAGGCCUUCCGUGACGGCAUGCAUGCGGAUGUCGAGCUCGUCACCAACGACGGUCUCUCCAUUCAAGCCCACCGCGUCGUCAUGGCAACCAAGUCGCCCGUGUUCAAAGCCAUGUUCGAGGCCGACCGUAUGAAGAAAGCGCACACGGGGGCGAUUCACAUCCAGGAACUGAGCCAUGACCAAUUGAAGUUCCUGCUCGAGUUUUUGUACUGCGCGGAGAUUCCCGACGAGAAAAUGGCACAGCACGCCCACGCUCUCCUGGUGGCAGCGGACAAGUACGACAUCCCCGUACUGAGCAAAGUGUGCGAAGCGUACAUCGCCACAACUGUGUGCCCGUCGAAUGUCCUCGAGAUUCUGGAGCUGGCGACGCUAUGCUCGGCCAGCUCGCUCAAGGACACGGCCAUCAGUGUCAUCCUGAAGAGCUACGACGACGUCGUGUUCUCCAAGGAGUACGAGGACUUCGCGAUGAAGAACGCCCUGCUGGCCGUCGAGAUCACCAAAGCUCUGGUUCGGGACUUGAAGAAAUAGGCAUGACGACCCGAGCGAAUCGGCCAUUUCUGUAGCAUACCAUUCUUGUCCUCGUUUCGUGUCUGCGACUGUGGUUUCUGCAAAUUCGCCAUGUAUCAUAGGUAGAGGAUCAAGAGAUGUCUCGAGGGUUUUUGUCAAGACUGAAUCUGAGCUUUCUAUCGACAAUGUAUAGGUGAUUAUUGUGCCCUCAUCUGGGAAGUUGAGAGUAAUAACGUCUUGGUGCAUCUGACCACGACGGAGAGUGUGACACUUUUUUGACACAGCAUCUUUUGUUCGCACGGGUCGAUUCGCAACAUGUCCUUGAGAAGCGAUUCCGUUUUCCGUCUCGAGCUUCCUUGCUUCCGAAACGCUCGACGAAAGACGAGUCUUCCAGCCUUCGUUCAUGAGCUCGGACGGUGUACUUGCCUUCUGCUGCCGAGGUAGUAGACAUAG